AUGGCUGCUCGUCAAGCAAUGUAUAUUUGCGCUCCCAUGAUAUCCGUCCUCCCUCGCCGCCCGAUGAUAGUUACUGCCGUCGAGCAGUACUGUGGCCGACGGACGUUCCGGCGAACUCUGCAGGUCCGAUCAUGCAGCGCCACUAGUCAUGUAGCUCCCUUGCGGCGGUCGGGGAAUUAUCAGCCAAGCAUAUGGACAGACGAGCGUGUGCAGUCCCUCACGGGCACCUCCACGGUGCAACAAGAAGAGAAACGUGAGAGAAUAAACGUACUGAAGGAGCUGACCAGGAAUCUGAUAUGCGAGAAGCAGCAAGUAGCAGAGCAGCUUCAAUUGAUCGACCACCUGCAACAGCUCGGCGUGGCGUAUCACUUCAAAGACGAGAUUGCUGACGUUUUAAGUCAUCUUCACGCUUCUUUAGACCAUGUGAGCUCGCAGCUGAAGGACGAUCUCCAUGCCACAUCGCUGCUCUUCAGGCUCCUCAGAGCAAAAGGCUUCUCUGUUUCACAAGAUUUGCUCGAGACAUUUAGAGACGAGAAGGGAAACUUCGAAGCUCGCUGUGAGAACCAGAUCAGAGGGCUUCUGAGUUUGUACGAAGCUUCCUACCUCGAGAAGGAAGGAGAGUCUGUCCUUAAGGAAGCCAUGGAUUUCGCGACCGAGCAGCUGAAGGCAUUGAUGGAGGAGGGGUCUGUUCCUGAGGCUGGUGGCCUCAGAGAGCAGGUGGCCCAUGCGCUGCAGAUUCCACUGAAUUGGCGGUUGGAGAGAGUGCAGCACAGGUGGUUCAUUGAAGCAUGCCGUGGCCACGACACCAUCAAUCCUCUCCUUCUGGAGUUUGCUGAGCUCGACUUCAAUCUAGUUCAGGACACGUACAAGAGCGAACUCAGAGAGCUCUCCAGAUGGUGGUCGGGGCUCGGGCUUUCAGAGAAGCUGCCAUUUUGCAGAGACAGAUUACUUGAAAGCUAUCUGUGGGCAGUUGGUUUCACUUAUGAACCAGAUAGAGGGAGAUGCAGAAUGAUCGAAACAAAGUCAAUCUGUUUUAUUACAUUGAUCGAUGAUAUUUACGAUGUUUAUGGAACCUUGGAUGAACUCCAGCUCUUCACUGACGUCGUCAACAGAUGGGACUUAACUGCCAUGGACAAGCUUCCAGAGUACAUGAAACUAUCUUUCUUUGCACUCUUCAACCUGGUCCACGAAGAAGGCUACCGGGUGAUGAAGGAGAAGGGCGUGGACAUUGUGCCUGACUUAAAGAGAGCAUGGGGAGAUAUGUGCAAAGCAGACUUUCAGGAAGCAAAAUGGUUCCACCAUGGCCAAACCCCGAAGCUCAAGGAGUACUUGGAGAAUGCAUGGGUAUCAAUAUCUGGUCCAAACAUUCUGUCUCAUGCUUACUGCGUGAGCAAUGACUUAACUGGAGAGGCCUUGAAAGGUUUUCCCAAUACUUACUAUGAGAUCACACACUCCUCGAGCACACUUUUUCGUCUUUAUGAUGAUAUGGGCACUUCCACGGAUGAGCUAGAAAGAGGCGAUGUGGCCAAAUGUAUUCAAUGUUACAUGCAUGAACAAUGUGUCACAGAGGAAGUGGCUCGAAGGGAGAUAAGAGAAUUGAUGAAGAAAUAUUGGAGAGCUUUGGAUGCAUCUCUUAGUUGGGAUUCUCCAUUAGAGGAGUACUUCAAGAAUAUAGCAGUUAACAUCCCUCGGACGGCACAAUUCUUUUAUCAAGAUGGGGAUGGCUUUGGGGACGCGUAUACUGCUGCCUUCACUUUCCUCAGGCUACCUUCCCCUUUAUUCAUGGAAUCAGACGAGGUAUCUUCUCUGCGCCAUCAACUCACUCAUUUGACCCAGUUGCUAACUCACAAAGAUGAGGCUCUGCUUGAAAUGACGCAGAGUAGGGACCUUCAGUCCUCUCUCCGUCGGGAAAUGGAAGAGCUCUGGCUGGCGGCUAAAUCCAGGACUCGAGCUGAGGCAGCUCUAAAGCAUAAGGAUUAUGCAGACUUGAAGAGUCAGACCCAUUUCAUUACCUACCUGAAGCUGAAACACGAGGACACUGUAGCCCUCCUGCAAGAGGAAAGCCGGAUAAAAGAUGAAACCAUUGCCUAUCUACAAAGCAGCAUCCAAUGUAUCAAGGAAGAACUGGCUCAAGCGCAGGCUCAUCUAGCGAAGAGAGACCAAACAUCUUGA